AUGUUCCGUUGUAAUGGCCCAGGCCUUUACCGAUUCUCUCGACUAGCAGCAUCGACGCCGAAUGACACAUCUAUCUAUCUAUCUAUCUAUCUAUCUAUCUCACUCUUUUCAUUUCUUUCUCUCCUUCCUUCCUUCCUUCAUUCCUUCCUUCCUUCCUUCCUUCUUUCUUUCUUUCUUUCUUUCUUUCUUUCUUUCUCUCUGUCUCGUUUUUCAUUUUACUUAUCUAUCUAUCUAUCUAUCUAUCUAUCUAUCUAUCUAUCUAUCUACACGUUGUCACGUCACAUCACACUUUGUCCACGUCACAACACUCUUUGCCCUCGUCACAAUACUUUGCCUACAUCACAACACUCUUUGCCUAGGUCACACUCUUUGCCCACAAUACUCUUUGCCCACAACACUCCAUGCCCUUGUCACAACACUCUUUGCUCUCGUCACAAUACUCUUUGCCCACAACACUCUUUCCCAUGUCGCAACACUCUUUGCCCACGUCACAACACUUUGCCCACAUCACAACACUCUUUGCCCAUGUCACAACACUCUUUGCUCACGUCACAACACUCUUUGCCCUUGUCACAACACUCUUUGCCCUCGUCACACUAUUUGCGCACGUCACAACAUUCACUAAUGCCGACCCAAUUUAUUCUAUCUCAUUCUAUCUAUCUAUCUAUCUAUCUAUCUAUCUAUCUAUCUAUUUGA